AAGCAUUCCUUCCUCCCUUGCCCUGCAGGUGUAUACUCAUCAGUCGUAGGUUGUGUCUUUGGACUGUAAAGCCAGGAGGCUCCUGAAGCGCGGAUUGCUUGACUCUUUUUUUUUGCGAGUGUUGGCUUCUUCAGACCGUCUAUCUAUAUCUAUGUUUUCACAUGUAUAUUUUCGCUUCUGCUUUUACGAACAGGUAAACAUCACUUUCAUCUGAAUGGAAUUCCUCAAGCAACGCAAGGUCUUCGGGUCAAUAACCAACCAUGAGUUAGAAGACUUAAGCUAUGUGAUGUUUAAAAAAUAAGAAGAUAUGAAACAUUUCCUUCUGACUAUUUAUUUGAUGGUGCAGUGUUGCUAUGCCCUGUGCUCCCUCCCUGCUCCAGUCAAUGUUUCCAUAGAGUCCCUCAACUUCCACCAUGUUCUACGCUGGAGCGCCGGUCCAGGCACACCUCCUGGGACCGUGUACAAGAUCAUCCGCAGAAGAAACCACAGACCGCAAGUUCCACAUCAAACCAACGUGACAAGUCAUAGGCUGGAUCUAAAGUUCCCCAAAGAAGAGUAUACAUUCGGUGUUUCGGCCUUCCACAACCUCUCAGAGUCGCCCGUGGUCGAGACCACCUUCACCCCCUUCACACAGACUGUUAUUGGCUCUCCAAUAUUGUCUUUGGAUGGAUGUGGCAACUGCCUGGAAAUCAACAUCACACUGCUUGAGAUAGAAACUAUUAAAAAGGUCUAUGGGAAAUCAUUAUCUUUUGACAUCUACUGGAAGAGAGCAGGAGAGACAAAGCCCCAAAUGACCCAAACAACUAAUUUAGCUUACAUGCUGGAGAACUUGGAGGUGGGUAUGGUGUAUUGUGUGAGGGUGUACACAAGGAUCAUCACCAACCUCAACACACGGUCCUCUGGGUGGAAAUGUGCUUACACCAGCAUUCUGGAGCCCAACAGAGUCCCUGCUGUUGUAGCUGGAGUGUCUGUUGUCCUCAUUGUGAGUGGGGUAGGUCUGACGGUUCUCACGUUUGGCCUGUUCUACACGGGGUUCCUGUGCAAGCUGAAGACUCACCAACCCAAAGGACUGACUGCCCUGGUGGAGGGCCACUUCCUCAUCCCAGAGAGGACGAUCCCUGACUUGGUCUCUAUAUUUUCUGCGACAGAGGAACAAGGGAAGGCCCGCAGAUCAAAAACACACCAUGACAGAGAGAACUCUAACCAAGCAGGGGAGGAGGAGGAGGAGGAGGAGGAGGAUGAAGAGGGGGGAAACGACGGCUACAUGGACCGCGCUGCGGGGCUCUCCUCUGACAGCAGCUCCAGCACCACACAGUCCCAGGAUGCAUCAGGGGCCAACGUAGCCCUCCUUGACACAGCAGGGCAUUCUCUGGGAUUGAGUUCUGAGGUACCUGCUGCUGAGGAGGAAAGGGAAGCCCCCGUGGGUGUGAUGGUGCUAGGAUGUCAGGCUCAGGGAGAGGUCACAGGUGAACAGGCGAGGGUCAUUUCCAGCUUUGACGGAGACCGACCCAGACCUUUGGGACUUGGAGGGUUGGGUGGAGAGGAGGAGGAGAAAGAAAGAGAGGUGGAAGAGAAGGAGACCUCUGGUAAUGUCAAUCUGUUCUCUGUGACUCUGGGGGCAUUAAAGAGGGAAGAGGAGGGUGAGUGUGAAGAGGAGACAGACUUUCUGUUAGAAUUUUCGAAACAGGAACAGAAGCCUCAACUUCCCAUAAACUCCUUCCAGAGGAACUUACGACCGGGCAGCAUGAGAUCUCAGAGUGAGAUACAGGAGGAUACAGGCCUAGUACUGACACUGCCAAAGACAGUCUGCACAUGCAUAUACUCUGAAUAUUCAAAUAGACAUGCUGACAGCAGCACAGAGACACACUCUGGCUACCUUGUAACGCACACAGGCACUGUGCAGGCUGACAAUGAGACAGAAGAAGAGGAGGAAGAGGAAGACUUCUCAGGGUACAUGGGACUGGUGUCCAUGCUCCCAGCCCCUACCAACGUGUCCAUUGUCUCCUUCAACCUGGAGCACACUCUGACCUGGCUGCCAGGUCCAGGGACUCCUGACAACACACAUUUCACAGUUCAGAGCCUCAGGAAGUACUCAUGGCAUCCCGUGAAGGGUUGUGCUAGGUUGAAGACCCGCCAGUCAUGUGACCUCACUAACACGUUCAAGGAUCCCUUCUAUCAUUACAAAGCCCGUGUUCAAGCCAUCACCACUACUCAGAAGUCCAACUGGUCCCUCUCUAUGCUCUUCUACCCCUUGACUGACACAUUGCUGGGCCCUCCAGUGGUGUCCGUGUCCGGCUGUGGGAACUGCCUGCUCCUGCAGGUAACUCCCCCCAAAUCCAGGGGCCUGCAGCGCUCCCUGUCCCCCACACAGCUCUACUACAGACAGUUCACCUGCAAGGUGCGCCGGACCAGGGAUGGAUCUCAGUUCAGCAUGUGGGUCACCUCCACUGAGAAAACUGUGAUUGGCUACCUGGAGCCAGGGGCGGAGUAUUGCGUGACUGUCACCCCAUCUACGAGCUUUAACCCUCACUCUGUCCCCUCUGAGCCCCACUGUGCCUUCACCAGCCCUACUGCUGCCAACACAGUGCCUGUGGUUCUGAGUGUACUGUGUGCCUUUAGCCUCCUGGUGGUGCUCCUCUGUGGAAUAGUGGUCUAUAGUGGUCGUCUGCUCUGUAUGCACAAACCUCUCCCCAAAACACUGUCCUCUGUUCCUCUCUGUGGUGGUUAGAUGCCCACAGAUCCCUAGCCUGACCUCUUCAACUUGCUCUCAGUCAUGCCUGUGGUUGGACCCCCAUCACCAUGACUUUGUCCCUCCCAGGCCAUACACAGGGGAGGAGACCUGUCAAGGAAGAAGAUGAUGAUGCAGUUUACUGUGGGCUAUGGACUGGUGGUGGUCUCCUCGAGAUCAAAUAAAUAUUGAACCCACAAUUAUCCAGUGAUAAGAUUAUAACAAACCAUUGCUUUAUAUUUAUGUCUGAGUCAUGACAAAGUUAUAUUAUUAUUUAAUAAAGCUACUUUGUGAUUGAUUAUAACAUGUAAAAAAGGCAUAAGCAAAAACAAAAUGUGAAAUGUAUGUCGAUUUUUCUAUAAAUGUAUUGAACUAUGUCCUAUUCAACAAGUAGUUGAGGUUUCAUUAUAGACCUGUAAUAAAAGGAGGAAAUUGAA